AUGAGCAAAAAGAAAACUCCUUCUUCACCAAUUAGAUAUGAAACAACGGCAGAAGAUAAAGAACUUGAUACUUUUUGUCAGCUCGAGAAAGCUUUAAAAGAAGAAGAAAACGAAAACACAAAUCAAGGAAAACGCCAAAGUGUGACAUUUAAUAUUCCUGAUGAAUUAAUGCCUGGAGGAAUGAGACCUGAAGAUGCAUUUACAAACAUUACUCAAACGCAGAAAAAUGAUUUCCAUGAAGCUUUUAUGGAAUUACAAAGACGAUUAAGUGAUGUUAAACGCAGAGAAGCUGAUCUCCUUAGGAAUGAAAAUUGGAUUAAGGCUGAGAAAUUACAAUUACAAAAGGAAAGAAAGCAGAUCGAAGAAAAUAAAAUGAUUACAGACAACAAACUACAAAACGCAGAAAUUAUCAACCUUCGUAAUAAAAUUGAUGAACUUACAGAAAGAUAUGAAAAUGAAAAGAGACAAUGGAGAAUUGAGCGCCAACAAUUACUUGAAAAAAUAUCACAACAACAAAAACCACAACAACAACAACCCCAACAACCAAAAACUCGGCCAAAGGUAACAUUUAUAACACCAGAUGAUGAUCCUCCGCAAAAUGAAACUAAUAAUGAUGAUGAAGAAGAGGAGAUUCAUCAGGAAGAACAUCAUGAAGAAGAAGAAGAACAAAACAUUGUUAAAGCUGAAAGGGAUGGAUAUAAUCAAGAAGAGGAAGAAGAAGCACAAUAUGAUGAUCAAUCUCCUCUAUCACAAAAGAUUAAGGAAACUAAAAUAAUCAAUGAUAUUCUGAAAAGAGAUUACAUGAAAACUAAUUCAUCACAAAAUUCAGAUAAAGGAAAACGCAAUAACAAUCUAAUAAAACAAGUCAAAAAGAGGCAAAUAAUCCAUGAUAAAUAUCAAUUAGAUUUUGAUUAUAAUCCAGGUCCAAUCUAUAAAGAAGAGAUAAAGAAAGAUGGAAGAAAAGUCGUUAUCUUCAAAGAUGGAUCUAAAGGAACUGUGUUUAGAAAUGGAACUAAGAAAGUUAGAAAAGGUCAGAAUCUAUACAUAUUUUAUGUUAACAAAGAUAUUGCAAUUGAAUUUCCUGAUAAAGCUGUUGGUUACAAAUAUAAGGAGACUAACGCAAUUGAACUAUCUUUACCUGACGGUUCUGUUAUUUAUGUAUUUCCGAAUGGACAAAAAGAAAAACACUAUGCAAAUGGUGAUAAAGCAAUUCAAUUUCCUAAUGGAACAUAUAAGAUUAUUUAUCCCAAUGGUGAUUAUGAAACUCAUUUCCCAGAUGGUAAAACAGAAGCCUUAACCAAUGGAAAAGUUGUUGUUUCAUAUGAAUAA